UACUCCUCUGAUACUUGAUACUACUAAAAAUCUAACUUUAGUUAGGAACUUUUUUUUUGUACUGACCUAUCAGUGGCUCAAUAUGGCUUUUGCCAUAUUGAAAAUGCAACCCUACUAGUACAAACAAACAUAAAUCAUCCUCUUCCACACUCACACCCCCAAAACCAGGAAAGAGGAAGGGGAAAUCCAUUUCAGCCAUGGAUCUUAUCCCUCAAUGCACAAAUCUCACCUCUUAGUUAAUUUUCUCAUGCCUCAAAAGCCUGGAAUUAAGAAAGUAUCUUAGCAAAAUGUCCAGAAGACCAACAGGCUGAAAUACUGACAUCUAUCUGUGCUUCUAAAACCUUACACAGAUGAGAGUCAAAAUGCUGCUUUUAGAAGCUUUGUUCUGGCACUCCCAUAUUCUUCUUCUUUCUUUCUUUGAGGAAAAGAUCCUGGAUUCAGUAAUGCCUCUUGUGAGUUUUUGAAAGAUUCGUUUUAGCUGAAAGGCUUGCUCACUGCAUUUUGUGAGGCGUAUUACAAGAGAGACCCUUCUUAUAAAUAUUGCCCUAGGAGAUGAGUGUGUUAUCUGGCCAGUAGUCUCCAGGCCACACUCUUGGGUGAGCAAAGAUGCAGUGACAAAUGAUGUCUGCAUAACAUGAGGUAGUGAAGGCUGGUCCAUAUGAACUAUAAUGAAUCCUCCAGUCUAUCUACUCUUCCAGUCCACUGAUUGAUAAAAGGAAUGAAACUCCGUAGGUUUCAAGAAAGGACUGUGUGGAGAAUGGGCCUGUAGAGAUUUUCAGAACUGCCUAGGCACCUAACUGCCAUUGACACCAAUAAGAAUUUGAGACUUCAAAACUCACUGAAGUGCUUGUUAAUACUUGGCACUCUAGGGCUUGCCAACACACAUCUGUUCGUGGUGGGGAGGGAGAACUUUUUUAAAAUUCUGCACCCCCUGAAGCAGUAUUUUGUGUGUGUGAGAUUAAUAGAAGAUGCCUUGUUUGCCAGCAUAUAGUUGCCAACUCAGGUUCUGAACUGUAAAGCAAAAACUGCUCUUUCACCCCUACUCAGUAGUCUUUGUCAAACUUACAAGUAACUUUAAAAAAAAAGUGUCUAGGGAAUCAUAUGGCGUUGCCAGGGUUACAGGUGGCUUUCUAAUAUGCUAUGACUCUUCUUCUUGCAGAACAGAAUUGGAAAAAUGAGCAGCGCAGCAGCUCCUUCUCAACUGAAGUCUAAAGGAAGCCUACCCCAGGUUCUUUCCCCAGUGAAACUUCAUUCUACCCUAGGUACUCAAUCUCCAGGACACCACAGUAUCAAGGUACUUACUAAUGCUGAAAUGAGCAGCCUUGGUUUGAAUCCUGAAGAUACGAUGCCUUUUACACCAGAAGCCAGCCAAACAUCUUGCAGACUCCUGCUGAACAGUACUCAAAUCACAGACAGCCCAAGAAUGAAUGCAACAUCUCAGGUGUCUGAACGAAGCUUGCAUGUCUCUAAUCUCUCUCCUAUUUCUCUUGAAAAGAAUGAUAGAGCACCAACCCGUUUUUUAGAUGAAAAUGUGCAACCAAGAAUGGAAUGGAUGAGCAAAACUGUCACACAAUCUCUGUUUCCGCCACUGAAAAGGAAAGUACUUGUAGAUGGGACAGAACAAAGUGAACAGGAAAAAACUGUGUCUAUUAAAGUGCCUGUUUCAAAGAGGUGCAGCUUCCAAACUAGUAUGUCUGAUGAUCCUCCUCUGAUGAUGAAACCAGAGACCAGCAAACAUCUCAGGCGCUCUCCUGGCCAGAUGUGUAUUUUGGAAAAUGGGCCAAAGGUGGCAAAGAGCAGGUUACCCCUCUCUGUCAAAUACUUUGGUCCUUCUCCUCUCAACAGUGACCAGAUAACUGAAACAUUAGGCAGCAAAACUGCAAAGCCUUCAAAAGGUUCUGAUGUCCCUGGAAAGGAAGCUGUUAAGAACACUGCAAAUGUACAAAGCCCUGUACACCCUCAUGGAACUCCUGUUAGGGAUACUAGCCACUCAUCUAUGGAUGGCCAUGAUGAGAACCUGAAAGAGUUGUGGGGGACAUUCAGUGAAAGCCAAGUGGUUCAACCUUCUGGCAAUGUGAGGCCAAUGUCUGAUGGUUCUUCAACCAUGGAUCUCUACUGUGAAAACAGGGGGAGCCGUGGCCAUGUGAAAGAACAGUGGAGGACCUCUUCCAAAGGAGGCUCUUCUGGAGAGAGCAGUGCCAUCAGUGUGGCAGUCAGGGUUAGGCCACUGACCCAAAGAGAACAGCAAGUUGGAACAAAAUGUGUUGUGUCCCUUUCUGGAAAGGAAAUACUGAUACAUCAUCCUCCUACAAACAGGCAGCUGACUUUCUCCUAUGACUAUUGCUUUGGGUCUCAGAAUCCAGAGGAUAAGGGAUAUGCCAGUCAAGAAGUAGUGUACUGUCUGUUGGCCCAGCCACUCCUAGACAAAGUCUUUGAAGGUUACAAUACUUGUUUAUUUGCUUAUGGACAAACUGGAUCUGGGAAAUCUUACACAAUGACAGGCUAUGCUGAUGAGGUGGGCAUAAUUCCACGAUUUUGCAAGGAAAUAUUCUGGAAAGUAAAUCUGACUCAACAAGAGGAGGUGAAACAUCGCAUUGAGCUGAGUUACUUUGAGGUAUACAAUGAACGGAUACAUGAUCUCUUAACAUCCUCCAAAGAUGCUAAUGCCAAGAAGAAAGCUCUGAAAGUACGAGAACAUCCAAUCCUUGGUCCUUAUGUAACUGGCCUUUCUACGUAUGUGGUUGGCUCUUUUGCAGAUGUGCAGACCUGGCUGGAACUUGGAAACAAGCAGCGAGCUACAGCAGCCACUAGCGUGAAUGAGAGAAGCUCCCGCUCUCACUCUGUGUUCAAACUGGUCGUGGCUCAGACGAAGAGGGAACACCUGGAGGGAGAAGCACAUGACCACAUGCUGGUGAGCCACGUGAAUUUGGUGGACCUCUCGGGAAGUGAGCGCUGCAAUCUGGCACAAACCAGUGGGCUGAGAACGCAGGAAGGUGCUAGUAUCAACAAGUCCCUGCUCACCCUCGGGAAGGUGAUCUCUGCACUAUCUGCAGUGUCCCAGUUCAAGAGAAAGUGCUUCAUCCCUUACAGAGACUCUGUCUUAACCUGGCUUUUGAAGGAGAGCCUGGGUGGUAACUCUAAGACAGCCAUGAUAGCCACCAUCAGCCCAACCGCUGCACACGUCGAGGAAACCUUGAGCACGCUGCGCUACGCCAGUCAAGCUCGCAGCAUUGUUAAUGUGGCCAAGGUCAAUGAGGAUUCCAAUGCAGUGCUGAUCAGAGAGCUGAAAGCUGAGAUUGAGAAGCUGAGAGCUGCCCAGCAGUGCAGUCAAGGGAUUGAUGUGCUGAAAUAUGAAGCUAGUCUCCGAGAAAUCCAGUAUCUGAAAGAACAACUUGCUGAACGGGAAAGAGAACUGGCAGAAUCACAGAAGUCCUGGCAGGAGAAACUGGCUUUAGCAGAACAACACAAGAGGGAAGAGGAGCAAGAACUGCAGAAAGCAGGAGUGUGCUUCAAAGUUGACAACUGUCUGCCAAACCUGGUAAAUCUAAACGAAGAUCCACAGCUCUCGGAGAUGCUUCUCUAUAUCCUCAAAGAGGGAGAAACCAGAGUGGGGAGUCUUCAUCCAGACUCUGAGCAUGACAUCCAGCUGACAGGAGCACUCAUUUCAGUGGACCACUGUGUCAUCACCAAUGUGCAAGGAGUGGUCACCUUAAGUCCUAUCCCAGAUGCCAGGGCCUUUGUGAAUGGAAACCUCCUAGUUGAGGCAGUCACCCUACACCAUGGGGACAGAGUGAUUCUUGGUGGGAACCAUUACUUCAGAUUCAAUCACCCAAUGGAGGUCAAGAAUGGGCGUCGUGCCUCUUUGAUGCCAGCAGGGGGAGCUGAUGGGCUGAGGGACUUUGAAUUUGCUAAAAAUGAGCUAGUUGAAGCUCAGAAGCAGAGAAUUGAAAUGGAGGUAGAGGAAGCCAGACUGCAGGCACAGAAGGAAAUGAUGGAAGAGCUUCAGAUGGCCAAGGAGCUGGCUCAGCAGGAGCUAUGGGCUCAAAGGCGACUUUAUGAGGAUCGCAUCAAACAGCUGGAAGAACAGCUGGCUCAGGAUACCCAGCAAAAACGCAGCAAGUUCCUGGACCUCCUUGAGCAGGAAAAAGAGAAGCUGGCUCGGGAGAUGGAGCUGCUACAGCAGACGCGUGCCGCCAAAGAACGGGAAAGGAAGAUUGUGUCUGCUGAGAACCAAGCUCAGUGGACAGCCCUCCAGCUUUCCAUAAUGCUGCAAGAAGUCAAUGUCAUUAGCAAGAGCUUAAACAAGCACACGCUCUUCAGCAGGUAUGACCUACCAGCUAUGAAUGGAGAACCCACAACUGUGUGCAUCCGAGUCACCAACACAAAAUUGGGAAUCUGCACUCUGUGGAAUCUAGAAAAAUUUGAGGAGAGGCUUGUCUCAAUGAGAGAAAUGUAUCAGGGAUCCUAUGAUGGCAACGGAGAUAGCCUCUUUUAUGAUCUGACUGGUACCUGGGAAGCAGUUGUGAAACCUCCAUCACCUAGCAGGGGCAGGAGUCCUCUCAGCCGUCAGACAUCGGGAAAGCUACUGGGGAAAGUGCCUCUGGACGCUCCCGUUCAAAAUGCCAGCUGUGCUGCUGUCUGCAAAGUGCUGAUCGAUUCAGCAAUGGAGGCUCUUGGAAAGGAGGAGGAAUCUGGCAGCCUCCUCUUAAAGAUGCUGCUGGAUCUGAACGCAGUACUAGACUCCAGUGCAGCCAUUGCUCAAGCCUGCGAACAGUGUGUCUACAACACUGCUAUGGUGUCUGAUGAUCGCAGCAUCCAGCCCCACUGCAUCAAGGUUUCUUCCGCAAUAGAUCAGCUAGCAAUCUGUGUCAGGCUUUUGGAGACCUGUGUUCCUGGUUCUGGUGCUCUGAAGGACCAUCUAGAGGCUGAAGUGAAGAAGCUUGGUGGGAAUGUUGCCUUCCUGCUGAACGGCUGUGAAUGUGAAAUUACAUCCAUGAUCCUGGAAUCCAAGGAGCAAAUUGAGCGGUCAGUGAUCGCUGUUGCUAACUGGCUCGGCCGGCUAAUGGUUGCUGUGGGGCCGGAAGCCAAUCUUGAACGAACUGAGUUCCUCCCAACCAAUGUGACUGAGGCAGUCACUGGAGGGGCAGAGAGCUAUAUUGGUAUGCAGAUUGAUAAGAACACAGAGGAACUCCUGGACCUGCAGCACCAGAACUUGUCUUCAGGAAAGCAGCUGGCAGAAGAAGUCAGAAGACCGCUCCUCUCAGUUGGAAGCUCUCUGCAGUGUUUUAUGGAGAAAUGCAAAAUAUUCUGGAGGGAAUUUGAAUCUCUCAAAAAACAGAAGUCAGAAAAACCUCCAAGUCUGAGUUUCCAAGAGCGUCUUUCCUGUUAUAAAACUUUAAGCUGUGACUUGAAUGCUCUCCAGGUGGCUUGGAAACAGGCCUCUGCACUUGCUUUGCAGUGUCUGAAAGCGGACCAGGACCCAGACCUAGCAAAGCUGAAGCAAGCCACAGAGACCUUCUCCAAAACUGCUGUGCUGCUUGCCAAGACUUUUGAUGCUUUGUGCAGCGCUGCUCAUGCCAAAUCUCCUCAUCAGUCAGUUUACCAACUGGCAGUGGUGACUAAGCAGACCGAAGCAGCUGCCUCCCAGAUCCAUUCUUCUGCUAAAGAUUUAUUGCAACUAGCGCAGAGACUGGGGUCUGAUAAUUGCCUUCGUUCGGGGCUGGAGGCCCUGAAGAACAAAAGGCAGUUGCCCAUGAAUCCAGGGCCUGACUCAAGCAUUCACUUACGAGGGAGGAGUGGGAACUAUGUGCGUGUUGCUGUAGCAAAGCUGAAUCAAGCAUUAAUCAAAAGAGAACCUCUCCCUUGA